UUUUGAUAACAUCUAUUCAGUGAUGGAAAAUAAAUUUUAUCUUUCACUUGAUUAUCAUGUGAUAGCAUGAAUAACCCUUAACGCCAAGUUAUAGUACUUUAUCUGAUAUUGAGCUCAAAGUCAGGCUAAUCUUUUUAAUUACAUCACAGAGAGCAUUUUGAUGCUUUAUCUUAAUGUACUACAGAGAAUUGGUGUAUGUCAGGUAUCAAGACACAUCUUUACCUGAUUGGUAAUUCUACUGAAGGAAAUUGUGUCUAUGCUGAUGAGGACUUACUGGAUGCUCUACUCGGUUCUGCGGUUCCUGUGGAUCUUGUUAUUGAUCACUCAGUACAGAUUGAUGUGGCAAGAUCAGCGAAUGCAGUUCAGGCAAAUAUGGAACUUGAGUUUCAACACUACAAGAUGAACUUGGAAUACCUUGGACGAGUUGUUUUUAACAAUGAAGGAAUGCUUAACCCUGACAGUGUUGUUGGUACUGAUUCCCACACAACUAUGAUAGAUGGGUUAGGUGUUGCUGGCUGGGGAGUUGGCGGAAUAGAUGCGGAAGCUGCAAUGCUUGGCCAGGGAGGAUAUGUGGGAAAGAGCAUAAAACAACAGUGCAUCAAGGGAUCAAUUGGCUUGACAGCAUGCUUGGGCUUUCGGCUUAUCUUGUGGAAAGCGUACUUUCAAGGUACUAUUGAAGACAUCCAAUUCAAGAAGAAAUCGGCGGAUAACCUCUAA